CCCCCUCCCCGGGUAUGAGUGAGUUGGUAUGCGCGUUGUGUUUGUGCAGCCAUUGUUGCUGGUGCUGUUGAUGUUGUGAGAGGGGAGAAGCCUGGACCACCCUGAGAGGAGCCGCGGCACGACGGGACGAGACGGCGCGGCGCAACGAUGCUACCCGCGGGGGUGCGGGUGUGCGUGUUGCGUGGCCACCGUGCCGCCCGUCUCCGCCUGUACUCUGGCACUCACGCAACCACCACCGCCACGCGCGUGAACAGGCACCUGCUGACAGCUCGGGCCGGCAGCGUUCUGAAGGAGCGUUCUCUGAUGAGGAAGCUUGCGCUGGGCUCGCUGGUGGGGCUGCCCUUGCUUGGAGGCACGUGCUACGCCCUGUUAGACGCACAGACCAAACGCAAGACGAGAAUACUCGUCCAAGGAAUCCAGCGCUUCUGCAGGUCUGUGCAUGUGGGAAUGCGCAUAUCCGGCGAUUACUGGUGGACCAUGAACAUUGGUCUCAGAGGACUAGAGGAGAGCAGUGCAGAAUACAAGCAGGGGUUGUCGGAUUGCCACCAGCGGGCAGCCGACAGCAUCGUGAACGCGGCCAUACACAACGGAGGUGUUUACAUUAAGCUGGGCCAGGGCCUGUGUGCCUUCAACCACCUGCUACCUCCCGAGUACACAAAGACGCUGCGUGUGUUGGAGGACCAAGCGCUCGACUGCAGAUACGAUGAGGUGGACGCUCUGUUCCAGGAGGAUUUUGGCACAACGCCCUUGCAGCUGUUCUCCGAGUUCGACUACGAGCCGGUGGCGGCUGCCAGCCUUGCUCAGGUGCACAAAGCACGGCUGCAUGACGGAACGCCCGUCGCCAUCAAGGUGCAGUACAUAGACCUGCGUGACCGCUUUGACGGAGACAUUCGCACGCUGGAGAUACUUCUCGACCUCGUGGCGCUCAUGCACCCCACCUUUGGUUUUCGCUGGGUACUCAAGGACCUCAAAAGCACGCUCGCGCAGGAGCUGGACUUUGAGAACGAGGGACGGAACUCGGAGCGCUGUGCCCGCGAGCUGGCGCACCUGGAGUACGUCACAGUGCCCAAGGUCUACUGGAACUUCACCAGCAAGCGCGUCCUGACAGCCGACUUCUGCUUGGGCUGCAAAGUUAAUGACGUGGAUUCCAUCCAGCGGCAAGGCCUCAGCUUACAAGAUGUGGCAGGAAAGCUGAUCGCAGUGUUCGCAGAACAGAUCUUUUCCACUGGCUUCAUCCAUGCCGACCCACACCCGGGCAACGUGCUGGUGAGAAAAGAGAAGAACGGCAAGGCUGGCCUGGUUCUUCUUGAUCACGGCCUCUACGAGCAUCUCAAUGAGCGGGACCGGCUGGCGCUCUGCCAGCUGUGGCGAGCGAUCGUGCUGCGGCGGGACACCGACAUGAGGCGCUUCUCGGCAGACCUCGGCGUGGGAGACCACUUCCUGUUCUGUGAGAUCCUGAUGCAGCGACCGAUCGACAUGAACUCGCGGAAUUUCCGGCUGGCGCACGCCCUUACGGCACCGGAGCUGCGCUACAUGCAGGAGAUGGCGAGGGAGCGCUUCGACCGCAUCAUGGAGGUGCUGAAGCAGUUGCCACGGCCGAUGCUGCUCGUGUUCCGAAACAUAAACACGAUCCGCUGCAUCAACAUCACGCUCGGCUCUCCCGUCGACCGCUACACCCUCAUGGCUCGCAGUGCGGUGCGCGGAGAGGUGGUGCUGCAGAACCGGCACAGGGGGGGCGGCAGAAGGGUUCCGUUGGUGGCCUGCGCCCUGAGCCUCUGGGAGAAGAUCAAGUUUGAAUUCGCCCUCAGGUCACAGACGUGGCGGAUGAAGGCCGCCGCACGGAUGCUCCGGCUGUUCGCCUGGCUGGGCCUCAUGAGCUUCGAGGGAGAGAUUGUGGAGUACCUCGAAGCCUGAUGUUGCAGCUGCGAAGAAAAUAAAAUCUUGGGCAGAGGCCAGGGCUAUGAGGGUGUGCCGUGAAGAAGGACCGUUGCCUGAAACGUCGCUGAUUUUAUAUAUCUUUAUUUUCAUUUUGAGGCCAUACAAUGUUGUUGCCGAAUGUAUUUGUGGUUGUACACCGCAGCCAAAGCAGCCACUAUCACAGCUGCAGCAGAUGAUUUGUUUAAUUCUCCCGUACGUGAAGGCCAAGGAGAAGUAACUUCGGUCACUCACGAGAACAACGAAGCCAACUGUAACUUGGGCAACUUUCGUGCCUGCGUGCGUGCGUGCGACGUGGCACCGCUGUGCGGCCACUGCCGGGACUGCUUCGUAUUCACAGCGGCUCUCCGUGGCCGCUCUGCGGGUGGCGUGCAACACGCUCCCCGGGUGCGGAGAGCCGAGCGCGACUCGUCGCAGCGACGUGCCGUCUGCGAACGCUCGCGAGCGUGCCGCUGACACUUCGCAAAUAAAACUGCGCUGAAACUGAAAUGCAGUAGUCGGUAAAAACUCGUCGAGCGUCGCCGGAAAGCAGAUCUUGACGGCGGCGACCGGCAGUGCGA